AUGGGAAGUCAAAAUCCCCCUACAGCUUUAUCCUUUGCUUGGAGAUUACUCUGGGAUAGGCUUCCUUCUAAGGAAAACCUAAUCAGGAGGCAGAUUCUCCUUCAAAAUGACCUUUGCCCCUUUUGCCAAAGCCAAGUCGAAUCUGCUUCCCAUCUAUUUUUCACUUGUCAUAAAGUUAUGCCUUUGUGGUGGGAAUUCAACUCAUGGGUGAAGGAAGAUAGAGUUCUGCACAGUAAGCCUAUGGACAACUUUCUUCAACACUACUCAUUGGCUGGAUCAAGGAAUUCUAACGGAAGGAGGAAGAUAUGGUGGAUAGCAACUACAAGAUCCAUAUGGAAUCUCAGAAAUGACAUGAUUUUUAAUAAUCAGCCUUUUGACAUCUCUAAAUUGGUGGACAAAGCAAUCUUUCUCACUUGGUCUUUGUUGAGGGGAUGGGAAAAGGAUUUCACUGUUCCUUUUCACCAAUGGUCCUCAAAUAUGUCUUUGUCUUUUAUCUAG